CCCGCCCUGCUCCGCUCGUCCGAGCGGCCGAAAAGAGAGGCAGGGAAGCGAGGCUUUCGCAAGUGUCCACAAAGGGCAACAACCUUUCCCGUUUCUCCAGAAUUUGGUUGGGCUGAUUCGCUCGGGGAACGGAUAAGGAGUGCAGGAUGGGGCCGGGCUACCGAGAAACCAAAGUCUUCCCCAGUCACCCCGAGCUCCGCGCAAGCGUUCCACGCCGAUAAAUGCCCCCCAACAGCGCCCCGUGGCCGGAGGCUGUGAUGGUGUUGGGCGAAUAGAGGCGAAAAAGAAGCGCCUCAACAUUUCGCCAUAUUUGGCGGUUUCUCACGGACGGCAACGCCUCCUUGGGAAAAGAAUGCGGGGGGCUGAUUCACCGGUGUGUGUGAUUCACUUUACGCUGGAACUUUAAGUUGGAAGUUGCCUGUGCGCGGCAGCGGGGACUUCUGCUUCCCCAUUCCCUCUCAAGCUUCUUUCAGGCGACAGGCCCCACUGAGAAUGUGCGUUCCUGACCUUCCUCUCCACUUCUCCAUUUUCCACGCCUCUGGACUGCCUUCGCUUCUUCAAGACAGGAGCAUUCCCUCCGCCCCCCCCCGUCAGUUUUCCUCUGGCGAGGCUCAUGCGCCUUUAGCAAAGAGGUAGAAAUCCGAGAGGGUCGCUGGUGAGCAUCUACCAGUUUCGGGUCCAGCAUCACACCUGCUAGAAAUCCAGUAUCCCAAACUGGUGGGAUCAAUGGUGUGACUCGGUGUAAGACAGUUUCUCAUGAGAGGCGAAACUUUCUCUUGGCGGAUUUCUUCACCUACCAGAUCUACAUAGCCGAAUAGGUUGGAGAUGAAAACACCCAGACUUCUAGGAUGUUCUCCAGGCUAUUGCCCUCAUGACCUUCUUUAUGGGCCUCACAGAGGGAUCUGGUUGGGAAACAAGAAGCUGGACCAGAAAAUAACUAAUGGACCAUCUGGUAUUUCAGAAGUUGUUCUGUGUGUAGCAUUGUAUUUUGGCCUGUCUGAAAAUCAAGGUGGCCAUGUAUUUCAACCUAGAAACUUUAAGGUUUCCAUGAAGCGCCCUCUUCAGCAGCUAUUACUGGAAUGGGAAGUUGAUUCUGAAGCAUAUAGCUCUGGAAUUGAAAUGGUUUUUAAUAUCCAAGUCAAUCGAACUGAAGAGAAUAAUAUUGGCUGGACUGAGAAUUAUACAACCGCUCUCAAUACAUCGAAUAGACUUCUGAAAUGGAGCUGGUUUUCCGAAGUCGCCUUGGAGUGUGUGACUCAUGCAGUAAGGAUCAGGAGCACGGUGAUGUCUUCUGAAAUUUGGAGUAACUGGAGCCCAUGGGAGAUAGUGGAUGGUUUGAAUGUAUUGGAUGACAGCAAGAAUUAUAUCUUGCCAGAAGAUAAGGUGAUUGAAGAAGGUUCCAACAUCAUUUUUUGCUGCAUUGCGAAGAAAAAUGAAAAAGUAACAAAGCAUUUCUUGUAUGGCAUUGAGAGAAAUCAGACUUCACUGCAACGAAGAGUAACUUUCACUGCAAAGAAUGUUCAACUUUCCAAUGAAGGAGGCCACAACAUAGAAUGUGAUUUUUCUGACGGAAGACGCAGUGGGACAGUUCUCUAUGUAACCAGACAGCCUGAUCAACCAAAUGAUCUAAUCUGUGAAACAGAAGACAUGAUUGACUUAAAGUGUUCUUGGGACCCUGGCCAAAUAAAUACUUAUUAUUUUUCGUUCUGUAAAGCAAGCUUCACUUUGUCAGAUGUUUCCGGUAAGACAAUAAAUUGUUAUCAACGGAUUUGUUCAUUCAAGAUUGACAAGCCAAUAUACACUUUAACACUGAAAUCCAAAAAUUGUCUUGGAGAGAGACAUGCUCAUUCUAGUUUUGAAGUAGUUCACAGAGUUCAUCCUGUGGCCCCCUCUGAUCUCUCAGCAAAGUCUCUCAAUGCUACUUCAAUCCAAAUAACAUGGCAUUUAAGUUAUAUAAAGGGAAAACUGUUGCUGUUAUGCCAAAUUCAUGGCUCUUAUUAUGGCGGGGAAAUACAGUACAACAUUACAGUGAAGAACAGUAAUGGCUUACAUCACAGUACCCUGGAUGAGUUGCAGCCUUAUACAAACUAUACUUUCAGAGUACGCUGUGGUGCUGCUGUUAUGCCCUUCUGGAAAUGGAGUGAAUGGAGCAAAGAUGCAACAAACCAAACACAUGAAACUGCUCCAUCAGGGCGGCUGGAUAUUUGGAGAGACAUUAACCCAUGUUUGGAGAAAUGUAACAUAACUGUAUUCUGGAAGGUACCACCAGGCCUUCAUGCUUAUGGAAAAAUCAGAAAGUUCGAGAUUUCCUGGGAAAAGUUAGAGGAACCUAUUGUGCCUCAUCAUGUUGACUUAAAUCCCACAUGGAAUAACUACACAGUUCCCAUUGAGAGCUCUUCUUACAAAAUCAGUGUCUCGGCAAGGAACUCUGUUAACUCAUCUGCUCCUGCUGUAAUUGUCAUCUUGGCAGCUGAAGAGAAUGGUUAUGUGAAUUGCAGCUAUGAAAACACAAUUAACAACACAGCAAAUGGCAUUUAUAUUUCGUGGAAGCCUCAAAACAGGUUUGAUGGCUAUGUUGUUGACUGGUGCAACUAUCCUAAGUCUCACCCUUGUGAUUUCCAGUGGAAGAAAUUUGGCGAAAAUGACUCCAGUGCUCUCAUUACACCUGAUGCUUUCAGUUCUGGGGUGAGAUACACAUUCCGUGUGUAUGGGAGUUUAGGUGAUGAAACUCAUUUACUGGAAAAGAAGGCUAAAUAUCUUGAAGAAUCUGAGCCAACUUGUGACCCUGUUCUGGAGAUAUCUGCAGUGACUUCCAAUUCAUUUACAAUAACUUGGAAAUUUGAUCAUCUUAAUGAGUCCCAUCCUGGUUUUAUCAGAGGCUAUAAUGUUUACUUGAAAAUGGAACAGGGAAACUGCUCAUUACCGGAAUUUGAACCACUUCCAGAUAAUCCAGCAGUAUGCGCCCACACCAUAACAGAUCUGAAGGAAAAGAAAUUUACUGUGAGACACCUGAAGCCCAACACCAUUUACCAGGCUACAGUUCAAGCUUACAGUGUCAACCAUAAAAAAAUCUCUAACUACUUUUCAACAGUAACUACACAAUCUGAUGGAAAUUGGUGGUUGCAUCUCCUUCUGCCCCUUGUGAUUGUACCGCUAAUGCUCAUAUUUUGUGUGUGCAUCUGGAAAAGUGAAUUUAUGACGAAUUGCUUGAGAAUCCCCCAUCCUCAUGUGAAUGUUUUAAAGGUUGCACAGUGGAAUGUUGGAACAAUCAAAAUAAGUGACAUCCCUCCCAGCACAUUACAAGUGAUAGAGAAGCAUCCCGUGCAGUCUGCGCUAGGAAUGUUUGUAGAAAAUGUGACCUACUUUGAUCCAAACAUCUACCAGAGCCUACAAUCACAACAGGCAGCAAGCAAGAAACCCAACUUACCUUUGACAUCCUACAAGCCACUCCAACAUCUUAGUUUUACAAGCACUGCCAUCAGACACCUGCCAGAAAUGAGUCAAGACCAUUUAAAUUACCUCUCUCAAACGGAAGUGCCUCUCUGUGUGGGUCAGGGAGGUGACUUCACUAGUUCUGUUGGGCCCAGGCAGCUGUUAGAUUACAAACCCCAGUUGGCCGAAGGAUCCGAAGCAAAUUCACCUGUAUCGGAUGAAAUAAUGCAUUUAACUGCUACACACUGGUGACCUCUGCACAGGAGCUGCUUCUAGAUAGACAGAAGUUCAUCCUAGCCACUGAAGUGGAAACAGAAAGUGACAUUUACUAACACUCCUUCUGAUAGUGUCAGUGGAGACAGUUUGUAAAUAUUUUCUCUUCUGCCUUAGAAUUGGAUUAUCUACUUAGGCAACAGUCUUACUGUGAGGUGGAGAAAGAUUUUGUGGAAGUUUCUUUGCCACACCCAGGACCCUGCUGGUUCCUUCUGGCUAGGGUGGGAAAAGGCAGCUUUCCUCCUCUCUCCUGUCCCUAACCCCUACUGAUAAUAAAAAGAGGGAAAUCAAGCAUGUAAGUUCCAUGGUGACUUCAGGUCUGAUCCAGUGGGGAAGUGUCGGAUCCUGUGGAUUUCAGGUCACCCAUUCCCACUACCAGGUUCCAUCCCUGAUGGAGCUCUGCUGGCAUUGCAUCUACGUGCUUUCUGCUGGCAUGGCUGAACUCCAGGAAUAUAAGUGCUGUCUCAUGGGUAGCACUCCUUUUCAGUUGACCUUUGGAUUGCUCUAUAUUUUAUUUAAGACUUUUAUGAGUUGCCUUUCCACUCAGAAUCUGAGCACUCAACAAGAUGUAUACAAUUUAAAAACAGAUUCUACAUAUUCAAACAAGCAAUUAAGUGUAACACUACAAUAAGCAAAAACAAAACAGCAGUGGCAAAAGAAAUGCCUGCCUCCACUACAAAAGAAAGAGAAACUAGAUGAGCCAAGUCAAUCAGCUGAAAGAUCAGGUGUGGAAUUUAAAUAACCAGGAUAUAGAGGAUUCUGGAUAUCUGAAGACAUGCUUUCUGUCUGUGUCUGAGUGCAAAACGGCAGGGUGUGGGAAAGUAUCUGACUAACCAAAACAUGUCUUUGUAGCUCCUUGUCCUUGAAGUGUCUUGCUUAUGACAGCGUAGUCAGCUUCAAAGUGUUACACCCCUAGUUAGCAAGUACUCCCUAACAACCACCUCAGCAACUUAUAGAUAAUUGGGGUGCUCUGAAUUAAAGGAAUUUCUUGUGUAUUACGCAUGCUUGAAAUGUGCGAGUGCUCUCUCCUGAAGUCUUUGUUCUUUGAAAAACUAUAAAGGCCUGCGCCAUCUUUUAGGGAGUUAGAGUCAGUGCAGUUUUCCGCUUGGCUCCCAGCGCUGCAUGCUUUGAAUAAACUUGAAAUCUGCUUCAGUUAUAAAAGCCUCUGAGUGAAUUCUUCCACACAGGCAAAAGGGAAGCUGCCGAAGAAUGCUGAUAAAACUGUCUGCCUGGCUGGGGCUGCUGGGAGGUACAGGCUGGUGGACAGCAAGAAGGUAGUGAAGGCUCCUUUGACGGCUGGCCUGGAAGCACGUUUUCUGCAGAAUCUCAAAGCGCUCCCUCCCUGGAAAUAUCAGAACAUGAUUUGGCAAUGCAGUUAGCAGGGGACAGAUGAAGACCACACUUGAGUUCCCCAAGAAAGAAAGAAAUGAUGAUUCGGGAUGUCUAAACUUCAGUGUGCAGUGUGAUGUCCCUAUAGUUUGAUAACUGUAAAUAUGGACUGUAUGGCCCUUUGUCAAAAGUUUGACAAUAUGACUUGGAUCCUAACCAUCCCUUCUGUGAACAGAACAGAGUUCACAUUCACAAAAAGAGGCAGCCAUUGGUAGAUGGAGGAGUUGACAGAAGUCACCCCGCUUAUGUGAGCCUAGGAGCAACUUGGGAUCCAAGCCUAUAUUGCUAGAUUAGGCCAAAGUUGUGACAGCGGGAAAUUCAAGAGGGUGAACAUGGGAGAAGAGAAAACUACACAGAUCUAAGACUUUCAGAGGUCAAAAACUGCUCAUCCUUCAACUUGCCCAGCAGAGGAAGAGCAAGGAGGCCAGACAAAAGAGAUGUUCAGGAAGAACUGCAAGAUGAAGCUUGACCAAAAGAUGCCUGCUAGAUCAGAGAUUCCCCAAGCAGUGUUUCACAAAAAUUAGGAAAAAUAUUACAGAAAGCGCAUCAUUAAUCCCUUGAUGUCCAUGGUUAGAGCAUGCUCCAUUGAUGACAAUGGGAUACAGCCAAAGACACUGUGACUCCAAGUUCCAGGGUUAACAAGGCAUCACUCUCUGUCCAAAACGGAAGCCAAAAGUCAACUAUGUAAAACAUGUCCCUGCACGCUGUCCUCUAUUAUUAUGACGCUGCAUUUAAAAAUAAGUGAAAUGAAAACCUGU